GGCGGAGUCUGCACCGCGCAUGCGCAGCGUCAGCGUCUCUCCGUCGUGUCUGUCCCCGGAUCUGAGUGUGUGUCUCCCGGCGGUGGAUCCUCCAGCAGCAGCUCCUUCUGCGUCUCCAGCCGGAACAAAGCAGCGGAUCUUCGGCCUCUUGGGCAGCGCAGCAGGGUCUGACCUGGCCCGGCUCGGCUCGGCUCGCCUCCCCCCCCCUCUGCGGCCCGCAGCGCGCGCUCAGCCUCCCGCAGGCCUCGGCCUGGACUCCCGCUUUUCUCCCGGAAAAUGGACGGAUUCACCGGCAGUUUAGAUGACAGCAUGUCUGGAGCGAGUGUCUCCGAUGUUAACGAUCGUCUCUCGUCUCUGGAGCUCCGUGUCCAGCAGCAGGAGGACGAGUUGACGGUGAUGAAGGCGGCGCUGGCGGACGUCCUCCGGCGCCUCGCCGCCUCCGAAGUCUCCGCCGCCGCCGCCAAGAAACAGCCCACAGGCAAAGGGGGCGGAGCCUCUCUGCGUGAGGCCUACUCCAUGUCCUGCAUCUCUAACGGAGCCACACCAGCACGCAAGAGAGAGUCCACCUCAGUCACCAGGAAGGGAACACUGUCCUCAGCCGCCAAGAGCGGAGCGGACAGGAAGAAUGAGGUCAGCAGCUCUCCGAUGGAGGAGAUCCGGGAGGGGGAGGAGCUUUCUCGCCCUAGGGACCCGCCCCUCUCCCCUUCCUCCCCCCUCCCCCUAACCCCCCAGCAACAGAGACCAGCUCCGUCCGCUGACAGCAGUAAAGGCCACGCCCCCCCCAAAAGAGGAAACAGUGUGAAGCGUUCCUCAGGGAUGGAGCGUUCUCAGAGCAGCAACUUCGACACUUCAGAGGAAAACAGGAACAAACUUGUGAAAGCUGCGUCAACAUCCAAGCUGCUCGCCAAGGUGGUGAAGAAUGCCAACAGACAUAAAGACCCAGUUGUCAGUCAAGCCAAAAUGUCGACAAGAGAGAAAAACAGCCAAGCUGAGGGGAACCACAUUAAGAUGUUCAUGCGUGGGCGACCAAUCACGAUGUUCAUCCCUUCAGACGUGGAGAACUACGACGACGUUCGGACAGAACUUCCUUCAGAAAGACUCAAGCUGGAGUGGGUCUAUGGUUACCGCGGCAGAGACUGCCGAGCGAAUGUUUACCUCCUUCCGACGGGGGAAAUCGUCUACUUCAUCGCCUCGGUCGUGGCUCUGUUUAACUACGAAGAGCGGACCCAGAGACAUUACCUCGGACACACCGACUGUGUCAAGUGUCUGGCCAUCCAUCCAGAUAAGAUCCGCAUUGCUACGGGACAAAUCGCAGGAGUGGACAAAGACGGACGGGCGCUGCAGCCUCACGUUCGUGUCUGGGACAGCGUCAGUCUCUCCACGCUGCAGGUUGUCGGGUUGGGAACGUUUGAGCGUGGCGUUGGCUCGCUGGCUUUCUCCAAAGCUGACUCGGGGCAGCACCUGAGCGUUAUCGACGACUGUAACGAUCACAUGCUGACUGUUUGGGAUUGGCAGAAGAAGUCAAAGAUUGCUGAGAUCAAGACCACUAACGAGGUCGUCCUGGCCGUCGAGUUCCACCCGACCGACCCGAACACCAUCGUCACCUGUGGGAAGUCCCACAUCUUCUUCUGGACCUGGACUGGGAACUCUCUGGCUCGCAAACAGGGGAUCUUCGGGAAAUACGAGAAGCCGAAGUUCGUCCAGUGUCUGGCCUUCCUGAGUUCUGGAGACAUCCUGACUGGAGACUCUGGAGGAAUCCUGCUGGUCUGGACCAGGAGUGCUGCCGACACCCCCGGAAAGGGCCCCCGAGCGUUUCAGAUCAGCCGGCAGGUCAAAGGUCACGAGGGCAGUGUGUUCUGUCUGUGUGAGAUGCGGAGCGGCACUCUGCUAACUGGAGGAGGAAAAGACCGCAAGAUCAUCCUCUGGGACCACGAACUGAGAACAGAGAGAGACAUCGAGGUCCCAGAUCAGUAUGGAACCAUCCGAGCGCUGUCUGAGGGGAAAGGGGAGGAGUUUUUGGUCGGGACGUCCCGUAACUUUAUCCUGAGAGGAAGCUUCAACGACGGCUUCCUGGUGGAGGUCCAGGGUCACACAGACGAGCUGUGGGGUCUGGCGUCCCACCCGUCGUCCUCGGUGUUUCUGACGUGUGCUCAGGACCGCCUCGUCUGCGUCUGGAGCUCCGAGGAUCACCGUCUGCAGUGGAGCCGCACGCUGGAGGAACACGGACACUGUGCAGACUUCCAUCCCAGCGGAGCCGUGGUCGCCAUAGGAACACACUCAGGAAAGUGGUAUGUUCUGGAUGCGGAGACCACUGACCUGGUGGCGAUCCACACCGAUGGGAACGAGCAGCUGUCCGUGAUGCGUUUCUCCGUCGAUGGCACCCUGUUGGCUGUUGGAUCUCACGAUAACUUUAUUUACCUCUACAACGUCUCCGAGAGAGGACGCAAGUACAGCCGCUACGGGAAGUGCUCGGGACACUCGAGUUACAUCACCCACCUGGACUGGUCACCUGACAACAACUUCAUCAUGUCCAACUCUGGAGACUACGAGAUCCUGUACUGGGACGUUCCUAACGGCUGUAAACUGAUCAGAAACCGCUCCGAGUGCAAAGACAUCGACUGGGCGAGCUACACCUGCGUGCUGGGAUACCACGUCUUCGGUGUUUGGCCCGAGGGUUCGGACGGCACCGACAUCAACGCUCUGAUCAGAUCUCACAACAGGAAGGUGAUCGCUCUCGCUGACGACUUCUGCAAAGUUCACCUGUUCGCCUACCCAUGCUCCACGCCCAAGGCUCCCAGCCAUAAGUAUAGCGCCCACAGCAGUCAUGUGACCAACGUCAGCUUCCUGUUUAACGACAGUCACCUGAUCUCGACGGGGGGGAAGGACACCAGCAUCAUGCAGUGGCGUCUGGUGGAGAAAUCUUCUCUCUCGCUGCCGGACGGCCUGCUCUCUAACUCCGCCCCCCACCGGCCCGACCCGCUGUUUACCCCCCCCACUGCUGCUGCAGCCACGCCCACACAGGACCCCCGCCCUCCGCCCACAGCCACGCCCACGCAGGACCCCCCCCCUCAGCCGACAGCCAAUGGGACGCAAGAAGCGUCCCCGGACUCGCCUCCGGCCACAGAUCUGGCCCCGGCGCUGUCAGCGUUAACCCCGCCCCCCGCUGAGUUAACUCCACCCCCCUCAGACAGCACUCUGAGUCUGAAGGACAGCCUGGAGCCCAGCGAUGACACGGCCACGCCCCCCCUCACCCCCCCCUCCUAGACAGGAAGGGGUUCAGAUAUCUGUUCUGGAUGAAUAGAUUGGUUGUUUGGUCUCUAAAAUGUCAGAAAAUGGUGAAAAAUGUGGAUCAGUGUAGGGCUGCUCGAUUAUGGAAA